AUGUCUUGGAAAGUGUUCGACUGCGCGGAUGAGUAUCCCAACUGCCAAUUACGCGGGCAAAAUGUAGAGGCGAACCCAGAUAUCGCUGGAAUUGGCGUGGUUGUUUCAUUCUUAGCUGCGACCUGCCUUGCCUUUGUGAUCGCGUUCGCGGUCAUGUUUCUGGACCGUUAUGACACUAUUGUCAACCUCUACAGAAGAUCCUUCACCAAAAAUAAGGAACCGCAUAUACACGUGUACACCACGUACUGGCGCUCUCCGGCCUUUUGGUCCCGCGUUCUCAGCAAGAACCUUCUUGCUUUUAGCGACACCCAGCUUUUGACUGGUCUUGCGAUCCAGUUCACAGCGAUGCUCCAGCACUGCAAGAUGUCUGUCUAUCACUUCCGAAUCGUUACUGAGCUCGCGUUCCUCACGACUGUCACCCACUUGCUCGCGGUCAUCGCACUCCGGAACUACUUUGUCAAGAACAGAUGGAUCAACCUGCCGCGUAUCUUUUUCAUGUUGGGCAACCUCGGGCUGCUAGGCUACACCUCCUUCGUCUCAUACUCUUACGAUCUUGCAAAUAUUGAUCUCUCCAUGUCCUUAGCUUGUUUCUUCAAGGGCGAGCGACCAGGAUUCUCCGCCGCUUUCGGUGGAAAAUGGGCUGCCCUCCUUAUCGGCGCCAUCGGUGGCCAUGUCGCCGUCAUCCUAGCCAUGUACGUUUUCGCCGAACCAGAGGAACAACAAACGAACAAAGCUUGGUGGUGGUGGCUUGGUGCAAGUUUCAGGACCUGGAUCGUUGCGCCGAUAUACUCCAUCUACGGACUUUAUAUGGCAGGCGACGGCCUCAAAACCACACAGGCACUGGGCACGCCUACUGUGAAUAUUGUAGGGAGUGAGAGCGAGUGGAACUUUGGGCAGUUCUUACCAGUGCUGCUACUUGCUCUGCCGAUCUUCGCGGGGUGGGAGAGUUUCUGGGAAGAAAAGGACGAGGAUCGGGACAACCGAUUUGGACGCCAUUCCAGAUUCAUCGCAAACAGCCAGCUAGGGUUUGAGAUGGUUAGACCGAAGCACGAAUACAGUAGUGGUCGGUCGGGGAAUGUUUCGAUGGAAGAAAUGAGAGUGGAGGGCGAUGGACCAAGUCCGAUAAAGUCGACACCUCACGUGGACGUGGUCCCACUCGACCACCGACACUCUGCGAACAGUCGGUCUCCUCUGAGUCAGUCUCUAAGCCAGAACACCUCGCGGGAGUCCUUAUCGUUCGUGGCAAAUCCUUUGCCGGCAACGAGCGCUGGGCUGGGAAUAGACGCCAGUACACACAGUCAACCGCGUCGUUCGUCCAACUCUCCAGGACGAGCUCUCUGA